ACACUUAAAAGAGCUCAGAGACAACUAAGAUAAAAAAAAAAGAAUGAAGAUGUUUACCUCUCCUCAAACCCUAGUACUAUUGGCGUUAGCUCUUGUCCUAGCUUUUGCAGUUCCACUGAAAGCCCAAAACCGGCCAAAAGACUACCUCGCUGUACACAACCGUGCUCGAGACAACGUUGGUGUGCCUCAUAUAAAAUGGCAUGCGGGGGCGGCGCGAUACGCCUGGAACUAUGCUCAAAUAAGAAAGCGGGACUGUCGACUCACUCACUCAAACUCAGGCGGGCGUUACGGUGAAAACUUGGCAUGGAGCAGUGGUGAUAUGUCCGGAGCUGCCGCAGUGAGAUUGUGGGUCAAAGAGAAGUCUGACUACUUCUACAAAUCGAAUACAUGUCGUGCUGGAAAACAAUGUGGUCAUUAUACUCAAGUUGUGUGGAAAAAAUCGAAGUGGGUUGGGUGUGCCAAAGUCAAGUGUGACAAUGGUGGAACCUUUGUGACUUGCAACUAUUUUCCUCCUGGUAAUCACACAGGACCCAUUAUUAGCCAUAUGUCUAAUGAGAUUGCAAAUGAAGCUCUAAACUCCAUCUGUACGCUGCUACCGGAUCACAGUUUCUACGGCAUGUGCGUAUCUUGGAUUCAACAGCUGGUGGAAGUGCUUUUAAAAGGUGGUUCAGAGAUGUUUGAAGUUCCAAUGGAGUUGAGGUACAAUUUCUUGUACAACUUUCAAAUGGCAUGUCCAAGUCCGACGAUGGAUCCACCGGACCGGCUCGUGGUGCAGUUGGCAAGUGCUUGGGAUAUCGAGGUGAUUUAACGUGUGUUUGGGAGUGAUUUUUUUUUUGUGUUUGUUUCUUCCAUUAAGAGUGAUCUUAAGCAUGUGUAAGCUACGAGAGCAUGAUAAGCUGUUUUAUUUUUCAUCCACUAAUCAUCAAGAAAAUUCACAGAAUGUA